AUGCCGAAGCAUCUCCUGGGAAACUUGAUGCAAGCAUUUGAUAAGGCAAGCAGUAGCUUCUCCAACAUUUUGACAACAUUAAAGCCAGAUUUGCUUAUUUGUGAUUUCUUUCAGCCAUGGGCUCUUGCGCUGGCUUUAUCACUGAAUAUUCCAACCCUUCAGUUUGUGAUUAGUGGCAAUGAGGCAAAUUCUGUUGCAGUUCAUGCCCUCAAGAACUCAGGUAAUCAAAGAUUGUGCUUGUUCAAGGCCCUAGCUAGUAAUCAAGAAGGUGAAAAAACAGAAAUCACAGAAUGGCUUAACAAGAAAGACACAUCUUCAGUCAUUUUUGUUUCAUUUGGCACUGAAAAUUAUUUGUCAAAGGAGGAAAGAGGAGAGCUGGCACUUGGACUACUGCUUAGCAAAGUAAACUUUAUAUGGGUCCUAAGGUUUGCUCAAGGAGAGAAAAUUAGUGCAAAAGAAGCAUUGCCUGAGGGUUUCUUUGAUAUGGUUGGAGAAAGGGGACUGAUAGUCGAGGAAUGGGCUCCACAGAAGAGAAUUUCGAGUCAUCCUGGCAUUGGUGGAUUUCUGAGUCACUGUGGUUGGAAUUCUGUGUUGGAGAGCAUGAGAUUUGGUGAUCCAAUAAUAGCUAUGCCUUUGUAUAUGGAUCAACCUUUGAAUGCUGGAUUUGUAGUGGAGGUAGGAGCUGGUUUGAAAAUCCACUUGUUCGAAUAUUUGAUUUGA